UACGCUUUCGGGGUGCGGGAGCCCCAGAUCGCUGUGCCCCCGGGAAUUGAGCCCACCGAGUUCCUGAAGACCCACUGUGAGGGCGGCGGCCACCGGAUUGAGCUGGCCCACGGCACCACCACCCUGGCCUUCAGCUUCCAGCACGGAGUCAUUGUGGCCACUGACUCCCGGGCAUCCUCCGGCAGCUACAUCAGUACUUUGCUUUUCAACAAAGUCAUUGAGAUCAACCCUUACCUGCUGGGCACCAUGUCUGGAAGUGCAGCCGAUUGCCAAUAUUGGGAGCGUCUCCUGGCCAAACACUGCAGACUAUACUACCUUCGGAACAAGGAACAGAUCAGCGUCUCGGCCGCCUCCAAGCUCUUGGCCAACAUGCUGGCCGAAUACCAGGGAAUGGGGCUCUCUGUGGGCAGCAUGGUGUGUGGAUGGGACAAGAAGGGUCCUGGUCUUUACUACAUUGAUCAUAGAGGAGUACGGCUGAGUGGCCCCCUUUUUUCCACGGGAAGCGGAAACUCAUACGCCUACGGAGUCCUGGACAGUGGCCACCGGCCUGACCUCAGUGUGGAGGAGGCCUAUGACCUUGGCCGAAGGGCCAUCUCCUACGCCACCCACCGUGACAGCUACUCAGGAGGAGUGGUAAACAUGUAUCACAUGAAGGAAGACGGCUGGAUUCGGGUCGGACGGACGGAUGUCAGCGACCUGCUCCACCAGUAUUCAGAGGCCAAGAAGUGAGACGGGCAGGUGGCCACAAGCAUGGGAGAUCUUCUGACACUCAGGGCUGGAGGAGAGAAAAGGGACUGGGACGUCCCCACUGACUUUUCACGGGGCAACAAUAAACCACAUCUGAGCUAA